AUGCCGACCUGGAGCUGGAGGAUCUCAUACCGCGGCUUUGCGCUCACACACUUCCGUCCCUCUGCCACAUGCUUCUUCAAACCGCGCUUCCUGGCCACCGUUGCCGCCGGCCGCAGGCAAACGCCGCUCGGCACAGGCACCACCACGCCCGUACCAGAUGAAGCUCAUCCGCCCAGAUCCAGCUCGCCCUUCUACUUUGAGGCCGGUUAUGCCCUCUACGCCAAGAGGCCGUCGCGCCCGUUCCCCCCGCCCUUCCUCUCGCUGCCGUCGACCUCGUUCUCCGACCCGCUGAGCACCCAUCAUAGAAGUAGAGACAGGUGGAGCUACGUCAACGGCGAGAUGAUCCGGGGAAUCACCAACGGCGACGAUGCCGUCCUGGUAAGCGAGAACUUCAUCGGCGCAAAUGACGGCGUCGGUGCGUGGUCGACGAAAGAGAGAGGGCAUGCUGCACUGUGGUCACGACUCAUCCUACACUUUUGGGCGCUGGAAGCUGAGCGUGAUAACUACGGCGACCCCCACGAGCCGAACCCAGUUGAAUACCUCCAUAAAGCCUUCGAACAUACUAAGGAAGCUACGUCCGCGCCCACGGAAUGGCUUGGGACGACAACAGCCUCAGGUGCGAUCCUGGGCUCAGAUGCGGGCAACGCACCGCACCCGAUCCUUUACGUUACCCAGCUUGGUGAUUCUCAGAUUCUGGUGCUGCGUCCGCAGAGUAAAGAGGUAAUCUUCAAAACAACCGAGCAGUGGCACUGGUUCGACUGUCCGCGACAGCUUGGAACAAACAGUCCCGAUACUCCGAAAGAAAAUGCCGUCAUGGACCGCAUCAAAAUUCAGGAGGACGAUGUCGUGCUAGCCAUGUCCGACGGCGUGAUUGAUAACCUUUGGGAGCAUGAAGUCUUGCAGAACGUUGUAGACAGUAUCACCAAAUGGGAAAACGGUGAGGCUCUCAAAGACGACAAAAGGGACAUGGAGGAGAAAUCCUACGCCGAUGGUAUGCUAUAUGUCGCGCAAGAGCUUGUCAAAGCCGCACGUACUAUUGCUGAGGAUCCCUUCGCCGAAAGUCCGUACAUGGAAAAGGCAAUCGACGAGGGUCUUUCGAUUGAAGGAGGCAAGCUAGACGACAUCAGUGUCGUUGCCGCCCAAUGCAAGCGAAGGAAGGGCUGA